ACUUGAGUUAGCAGCAUACUCUACUCGUCCGCCUCAUCUUUCAACCGCCUCUACUUCGCCGUUCGCUCCUCCGUCAAAGUCAACAUGGCGCCGAAGAAGGAUAAGGUUCCGCCGCCGUCAUCUAAGCCGGCCAAGUCCGGAGGUGGAAAGCAGAAAAAGAAGAAGUGGAGCAAGGGAAAGCAAAAGGAGAAGGUGAACAACAUGGUGUUGUUUGAUCAGGCUACUUACGACAAGCUUCUCACUGAAGCUCCCAAGUUCAAACUCAUCACUCCUUCCAUUCUCUCCGACCGUAUGAGGAUUAACGGUUCUCUAGCAAGGAGGGCGAUUAGGGAGCUAAUGGCGAAAGGUGUGAUCAGGAUGGUCGCUGCUCACUCAAGCCAGCAGAUCUACACUCGUGCCACCAACACUUAAAAAAAAAAUAUGUUUCGUUCUUCAUCCAGCUUUUCGUGGCCUUCCAAUUGUUUUUUUGUUACCUUCUUUGUUUAGUCUUCACUAGAAUCUUUUGUUUUGAAUUCCGUUUUGAACAAGAUAUAUGGGCUAUUUUUAAACAAAAUGCAUUUGAGACUAGGGGAGUCAAUCACACUGGCAUGUUCUAGAAUGCGAUAAUGAACCGAUUCCACUCAGUACUUGGAACAAUCAAUUUUACGUCCUCAUUAGAGGCAAGAAUUCAUUUGCAUCAACCAAUUUAAGCAUUAAGUAAGACUGGAAAAGAAGAGUCCUGCCUACUAUUUAGAUUUAAUCGCUCAAAUAAGC